AUGGCACAACAUCAAGGGACUUCGUUCCAUUAUAAGCUUUUCACAUACCCCAAUCCGAAGCCACAACAGGAAUCGGGUCAACAGAACUCAUUACUGGUGCUUGACCAAGAAUAUGACUUGAAGGAAUCCAAUAGCAUAUUGUCUGAUGAUCAAUCACUGUAUGUGUUGUUCCAGCCACUAUCAACAGCAGGAAGUGUAACCAACACACAACAAAGUGCUCAUGAAUCAGAUAUACUUUCUUUGACUACAAGCAAUAAUACGCCGAGAGGAACCAGCGAAGCUGCAGCAGAUGCCGUUGCAGGUGCUACCGUUGCACUUGUUGGUGGUGAAGAAUCAGAGUUUAGUAGACACACCAUUACUACUACCCAAGAUACACUUUCAUCCAAGAUUGAGAACUGGAAUGAAUCUUCUUACCAACAGGAUGAAAUCGUUGACGAUAACAUUGCCAGUUGGGAUCUCGAUGAAGGAUUAUCGACCCCCAAAUACUUUGAUCGUGCAUUUUAUGGUGAUGAUUUAUUUAAACACAUGAGUAAAGUUGAUUUCUCCAAGUUUAUUAAAAUUCAUCAACAGAAUAAGUUGGCUUUGAAUCCUAAAAUGGACCAAAUGAUGUGGAAAUAUUUACAGGAUAGUCGAUCUCCUCAACCUUAUAUGAGUUUGAAAACAAUGGAUUACUUGAGUACAUUCAAGACAUUGGAGACGAGCGAUACCAAUACUACUAAUUCACUAUUACUUUGUGGAGGUUCAAAUCAAUGGAGUGAUCAUAUGGGAUAA